AUGUCACACGUACCAACGGGCAAGCCGACGGGGAAAGAGCCGGCCGGGCUCCGGUACCCAACGAACGGCAAGACCAUCUACCACCGGCCGCUCAAUCGCAGCAAGACGGCCGAGCUCAGCCAGUCGAGCUUUGCAUACCUCUUCUCUGAGAUGGUCACGUAUGCGCAGAGGAGGGUGACGGGAAUCCAGGAGCUAGAGAAGCGACUCAACAACCAAGGCCACCCCAUCGGGCUCAAGCUGCUGGACCUGCUGCUCAUCCGCGAGCCGGCGCGGUCGCAGACGCGGCCGCUCAACAUCAUCUCGCUACUGCAGUUCAUCAAGAUGAGCCUGUGGCAGCACCUGUUCGGGCGGCAGGCCGACCGGCUCGAGAAGAGCUCCAACCCCGACACCCCCGACGAGUACAUGAUCAUCGACAACGAGCCGCUCGUCAACGCCUACAUCAGCGUGCCGCGCGAGAUGAGCCAACUCAACUGCGCCGCCUACGUCGCCGGUAUUGUCGAGGGUGUCUGCGACGGCGCCGCCUUCCCCGCCCGCGUCACCGCACACAGUGUUGGCGGCAACGAGGAUGGCGAGAUGUGGCCCGGAAAGACCGUCUUUUUGCUCAAGUUCCAGCCAGAGGUCCUCGAGCGCGAGGCCCUUAUUGCGAGCAAGGUGUGA